AUGAAGGCAGUCCUCUUCGCGAACAACACGCUGUUGGCCGCUGGAGAGGCCUUUGGCCCCUUCGCGGCGCACGAGGCACCCUGCUUCCACGUGCACACCAGCUCCGUUCGCCUCACCUUGGAGGGAAAGGAGCGCUUUGCCGAAGGCCCACCGGACGACAAGAAGAGUGGCUUUCGCAUCGCGAUCUUCUCUCCAGAGGUUCAGGCAUACAACGAGGUGGCGCGGAGGCAGCACAAAGGCCAAGUGAAAGUUCGACCUUUGGUGACUCCGAGCUUUGGCAACCAGAUGAUCUUGGCGAAGAAGAAUGUGAUCUGCAACAACUUGGGUGGCUAUGGCCCUGAGAAGGAGAAAUUGGCCCAGCUGCACUAUCGUGGCGUGGCCAAGCUCCAUGGACGACCGGUGGACGUGGUACUCGAGGCUCGCCCGGGCUAUCGCCCCAAGAAAGCCAACCUCAAUGGCCUCAGCCACAACGCUGCCUCGGUGAAUUUGGCCAUGGGCAGUGCAGCCGAGCUGGAGCUUCGCUUCCUACGGGCCUCGCAUCAAGUGCAGGAGAGCGAAGCGCAGCCCGUGAUCUUCUCCAAGCUGUUCCUCCGGAUCUUCGACUCGGAGGAGCCCAUCCCCACGAUCCGCGCGGGAGAAGUGAUCCUGCAUGGCGCCAAGGCAGCCUAUUGGCCAAACGGCACGGCCCAGCUGCUUCCCAAGGAUCCAGUUCGACGCUUCGGCCACGCUGAUGUUGACCCUGAAGGCUCGCACGGCGGCAGGCGCGGCGGAGUGGGGAGGGCCACGGCCACGGCCCCGGGCGUAGACCGCGCGUUGAAGCGCCUGAAGGAGGCCGUGGAGGCAUGUGGAGGUAAAGAGGUGCCAGAGCACUACUACCCGGGCAGCUGCCCAGAUCCCAGAGAGUACAGAUCCGACAGUGAAGAAAGCAUGCCCAGUGCUUGCAAAGAGCAUCAACGCAAGACCUCCAGGUCUAUGCCAUCGAAGACCAGCCCAGAAGAUCAGUCCGACUCCGAGGACAGUGAAGCAAUGGCCGUGAGAGAGGAACUGCUCAUCGCAAAGCGCAAGGCUGCGUGGAAAGCCUUGUGUCUUCCACCAUUGCCGCUAUGGGGCUGCGUGGAAGAAGCUGUACAUCUGGGGCAACUGUACAGAAUCAAUGCUGAUGCGAACAUGCCAGAGCCAGACAAAAAGCAUGAGGCUUUGUCUGGAUUGGGUACUCAAGGGGGGGCUGCCUACCCAAUUCCCUUUUGUGAUCUGGCUGCGGAGAGCUUGGGCCCACAACUGUCCAUCUAG